AUGUCGAAGUCAGGCGUCGUGAAGAACUGGGUGGAAGACAAAGGCUUCGGCUUCAUAGGCCCCGACGACGGCAGCGAAGACCUGUUCUGCCACUCAUCCUGCCUGAAAGGGUGCAAGGGCCUGGGCAAAGGGGACAAGGUCCGUUUCGAUGCGGAGUACGACGAUCGCAAAGGCAAGAUGCGAGCAGUGAACGUCUCUCUGGAGGGUGGCGGAGGUGGCGGCGGCGGGGGCCGUGGCUAUGACCGGGAUGAUCGUCGCGGAGGGUAUGAUCGGCGAGAUGACCGCCGUGACGACCGCCGAGACCGCCGGGAUGACCGCCGGGAUGACCGUCGCGACUAUGACCGCCGAGAUGACCGACGAGACGACCGACGAGACGAUCGGGGCGGCGGCGGCAAGGGCAAGGGAGGCAAAGGUGAGCGCUUCGGUGGGGACAACAGAGGUGAUGACAUCAGCAACGGUGGUAAUCGCCACCUCACAGCGCGCGAGAUCUUCAUGAGGCACCAGCAAGAGAAGGGAGGAAGAGGUCUCGCCGCGAGAAUUUCAACUAAGUCUGGCGACGAAGUUGUGGAGGUGCACGAGCAGUCUUUGAGGCAGAUCUCUGCGGCCUUUGCUGACAAGAUGGCCUCGAGUGUUCUCAAAGCGUGA